GAAGGCAGUGAGAUGAAGGAUGAAAAGGAGAGAGGAGCCACAUGCAGGGACACAGAUGAGGAGGCCAUUGCACCUGACUGACCGGCCUUGAGGAGGUGGACACCAGCCGCCAUCGAAGUUUCUACGUAUAUAUUUGUAUGGUCUCAGUGAUGGCCAGCGUCAUUUACUACGGCAUCGACCACAACUGCACCAACGUGGACCGGCUCAUGAAACGUUACUAUCUGCCCGUCGCCUACAGCCUCAUCUUCGUCGUGGGGUUGCCGGGCAACAUAACCUCCAUCGGCAUCUACCUGACAAAACUGCGUCCAUGGAAGAGCAGCAGCAUCAUUAUGGUCAAUCUAGCGCUGACCGACCUGCUGUACGUCCUCAGUAUGCCCUUCCUGGUCUACUACUACACCAACGGCGACUCGUGGACCCUCGGCGACUUCAUGUGUCGCUUCGUGCGUUUCGGGUUUCAUUUCAACCUCUACGGGAGCAUCCUUUUCCUGACCUGCCUGGCGGUCUUCCGCUACGUGGUGGUGGUCGACCCCAUGAGGGCAACACAGGUGCAGCAGAAGCGCUUCGGCAUCACGGCCUGUGCUGCCGUGUGGGCGGUCGCCGCUGCCGAGGUCGUCCCCAUGUUGACCAUGAUCUCCAUGGAGGAGGUCAACAACAAGACCUACUGCCUGGACUUCGCCAGCACCAUACCCUUUCAUGUGCCGUGGUGGUAUGGGUGGCUGCUCACCACGCUGGGUUUUUUUCUGCCCCUAGUGGUGGUGUUCUUGUGCUACAUCGGCAUUGUUAAAAAGCUAGCAAGGGGCCCGCACACCAGCAGCCCCAGCCGGGUCCGAGCGCAGCGGGUGACGGUGUUGAUCCUGGCGGUGUUUGUCGUGUGCUUCCUGCCAUAUCAUAUCUUGCGUCUGUUGCGGGUGGACACGCGAAGGACGCCGGAGUCGCCGUGCAUGCUGGAGCGUGGGAUCCAUGCGGCGUACAUCAUAUCCAGGCCACUGGCGGGACUCAACACCUUCUUUAACUUGGCUCUCUACACCCUGGCCGGUGAUAAAUUCCAGCAGGCGUUCCUCGGAAUAUUCCACCAGUGGGAAUGCUGGCUACCCAAGAGCAGGUCACAGACCAACCUGGCCAUAAUAAAUCGGGCCGGCAGCGACAAGGCCUCAAAAUGAGACUGUCAGCCCUGUUGUCUCUGGCAAGUUUCUGUUUUCUCCUUCACUUGUUCUCUCUAUAUCUAUCACUCUAGUCUCUGCCACACACUCGGAUUACACACACACAAAUCAACCAAUAACAGCUGAUUCACACAAGAGCAAGCACACACACACACACACACAAUCCCUGUUUGGUGUGCUUACCAGAAUUAGGGCCAGUUGGACACGUGAAUUCAGGAAAAAAGUCCCAUAGCUGUUGUGUCACUAUUUGCAUCCCUUGGAUGAUUUGCCGUCGCUUUCAUCUGGCUUUGCUCUGGGUAGGUGU